AGGAGUUUAUUCACACGACGUCGGAGUGUGUCUGUCAGUCGUUGAUGAAGUGCUGGAUCGGAUAUCAGUGUGUCGGAGUCUCUGCUCCUCCACUCAGUCCUGCAGGAGAGAGGAGCAGAGGAGGCAGGAGGUCUGCACUGACACAUAGGUCUUCUGGCGAGGCUGUGAUGGUGGAGCUCUGAGGAAGGAAGAUCACGAAAGGCAGAACACAUUUGAGAGGAAGUGUUUGAGCAGAAGAGAGAGCGAUGUUGUCCCCCGAGCAGGAGCCGCUGAGCUCGUCUAAACCCGUCAAAUACGGAGAGCUCGUCAUCCUCGGCUACAACGGCUCUCUGCCGAACGGAGACCGGGGCAGAAGGAGCAGCCGCUUCGCUCUGUUAAAGAGACCCAAAGCCAACGGAGUGAAACCCAGCACCGUCCACAGCACAUGCAGUCCGCAGACCGCCAAGGCCAUCAGCAACAAAGACCAGCACAGUGUCUCGUACACGCUGUCCCGAGCGCAGACGGUGGUGGUGGAGUACACACACGACAGCAACACGGACAUGUUUCAGAUCGGCCGGUCCACUGAAAGCCCCAUUGAUUUCGUGGUGUUGGACAAUGCGCCCGGUUGCCACGGUAACGGCGACACGCUGUCGUCCCAGAGCACCAUCUCGCGGUUCGCGUGCCGGAUCGUGUGUGAGCGAGACCCGCCCUACACCGCGCGCAUCUACGCCGCCGGCUUCGACUCGGCCAAAAGCAUCUUCCUGGGGGAGAAGGCGGCGAAGUGGUGGUGCGCUGACGGGCAGAUGGACGGCCUGACCACGAACGGCGUGCUGGUGAUGCGGCCGCGACACGGCUUCACCUGCGAGUCCAAGCCCAGCGCCUGGAGGGAGAUCUCGGUGUGCGGGAACGUCUUCACACUGCGAGAGACACGCUCGGCUCAGAAACCCGGCAAACUGGUUGAAGACGAGUCUCAGGAGUUGUCGGACGGCACGUUAAUCGAUCUGUGCGGCGCGACUCUCCUGUGGCGUUCGGCUGAAGGCCUGUCCCGCACGCCGACCCUCAAACACCUGGAGGAUCUCCGGCGGGAGCUGAACGCGGCUCGGCCUCAGUGUCCCGUGGGCCUGCGAACACUCGCCUUCCCCAGCUCCGAUCGCUCCUUCAUCGGCCCGGCCCGCGACGACCAGCCCUGGGCCUACCUGCACUGCGGACACGUGCAUGGGUACCACGCCUGGAGGGGGCGCCGGCGGGUCCCGAACGAGGGCUCGACCGAGGAGGAGGACGACGAGUCUGAGGCGAAAGAGGAGGCGGAGCAGGAGCCGCUGAGGGCGGGCGAGAGAGAGUGUCCGCUGUGCCGAACGCGAGGUUUGUACGUGCCGCUCAAACUGGGCCGCGAGUCGGGCUUCUACCUGGACGGGGCGCCCCCGACGCACGCCUUAAACCCCUGCGGACACGUGUGCUCAGAGCGGACCGCGGCCUUCUGGAGCAAACUGAUGCUGCCGCACGGGGCGCACGGGUUUUACCCCGCAUGUCCGUUCUGCAUGAGGCCUCUCGCGCGCGAGGGCAAGGCCGCGAGACUGAUCUUUCAGGGGCCGCUGGACUGAGUGCGCGCGCGCGCGUGUGUGUGUGUUUUUAAGACUCGUACGUGCCAAACACUCAGAUUUUCCCACAAGCCAUCUGUUCUCUGCACUGCCAGCGGUCUGACCGGACGCACAUCCAGUAGUUUUCUGUUAAAAGUCACUGUGCUUGAGUUGUCCUGCUAAAACUAACAUUAAAGUCAGCAUGAA